AUGAAAUCGUAUAGUACGGGCCAGACGACAAAUCAGGUACCACGAUUCAGUUUAUAUCGUACGUACGUCAAACAUUUGAUAGAUGAUAAAAAAACGGAAGAAGCCGUUAAACUAUUUCAAGAAGUUUAUAAGACCUCAGAAGAAUGGGAAAAACAAAUUAUUGCUUUUUUACAACGAAAUGAAUUACAAGUGAUAACUCCUUAUAUUCCAACUACAACAAUAAAACUAAGUCCAGUUGUUUAUGAACAAGUAUUAAAUGAAUAUUUAAAUCAGAAAAAGUACGAUAUAUUGAAACAAUUAUUAACAGAAUGGCCAUCAGAAUUGUACGAUUUGAAUUGUAUUGAAAGAAAAAUUCGUUUACAAUUGACAGAUGAAAAUACAUCAGUAACGUUAUUAGAAUGUUCGGCAAUCAUAAUGAAGAAUCCACAAGCAUUUGAGUUAAUUGUAAGACAAAAUCUUUAUAAACAAGUUCUUCCUAAAGUUGAAACAUUGUUGCGGAUCGAUAGACAACGUGCUUUGGAUUUGUUGGUGGAACAAGUCGUUAGUGCACUGGAGAAUAAUCGUUUAUUCCUUCAUUUGUAUUUAGAUGCAUUAUUUAAUAAGAAUGCUAAAGAAUCGAGCAAAUACCAUACACUUCAAGUGACUUUAUAUUCAGAAUUUGAUCCUGAUAAAUUAAUGACAUUUUUACGAAAAGCAACCUAUAAUAUACCAGAAGCAUUAGCUGUGUGUGAAAAAAAACGUUUAUAUCGCGAAACAGUAUUUCUUUAUGGUCGUGCUGGUAAUCCAACAGUUGCAUUACGAAUUAUUUUAACUGAAUUAAACGAUAUUAACUAUGCAAUUGAAUUUUGUCGAGAACAAGGCAUUAACACUUUAUGGACUCAACUUAUUGAACAAUCAAGAAAUAAACCAGCUUUUAUUAGUGGCUUGUUGAAUAAUGCUGGUAGUGAUAUCAAUCCACAAAUUCUAAUCAAUAACAUCAAUACAAACAUGCAAAUACCUGGUCUAAGAGAUUCAUUAUGUAAAAUCAUGCAAGAUUACAAUAUUCAAAUGUCAUUAUCAGAAUGUUGUCGAAAAAUUAUUGUCCAAGAUUGUUUAUCAUUAAGAAAAAAAACAGUUGAUUUAUUGCAGCACGGUUAUUUAGUGAAAGGCAAAGAAAUGAUUGAUUUUAUUGCUGAUUAUCUUUCCACUGUUCGUGAUAGACGAGUUUACCCAAAUGUAAAACCUGGAUACAUGAGACCGCUAAUAGCUGAAGAUGCACCGCGAGAAGGUGAAAGUUGGAAUAGCAUAUUUGAAGACAUAGAACGAGUUAUCAUGCCUGGUCACUCAUGCUUGUUUCAUAUUCUGAAGGAUAUGUUAGCUAACGGAUUAGGUCAACUGGGUUUCACAUGGGUAAGAACGAAAGAGAGUUUGAACGGUUUACACAGAUUAAUUGUGAGUCUGUUCCAGGCUUCAAGUCCCGCAUGUACAGAACUCGAAACGGUUGUUAUGGACUGGUUAGCAAAAAUGAUCGGGUUGCCAAAUGACUUUUUACAUUCUCAUGCUGAUACAACAGGAGGCGGUGUUAUCCAAACUACUGCAAGCGAUGCAACAUUGGUCGCAUUGCUAGCUGCAAGAAAAGAAGCUAUUCAUCGAGUACAGUCUCAAUUUCCAUACUUGAAUCCAUCUGAAAUCAAUGGACGAUUAGUAGCUUAUUGCUCGGAUCAGGCACAUUCAUCGGUCGAGAAAGCGUGUUUGAUUGGUCUCGUCAAAUUGAAUCUAGUACCGUCGGAUGAUAAAUUACGUUUACGUGGCAGCGCUUUACGACAGGCUAUUGCAAAAGAUAAAGAAAAUGGUCUUAUUCCAUUUUAUCUGUGUGCUACAUUGGGAACAACUGGCGCUUGUGCAUUUGAUAAUCUCGUUGAACUUGGACCGAUCUGCGACAGAGAACAUAUAUGGAUACACGUCGAUGCUGCUUAUGCUGGAACAGCCUUUUUGUGUCCAGAAUUUCGUCAUUUUAUGGAUGGUGUUCAAUAUACACAAUCAUUUGCCUUUAAUCCAUCGAAAUGGAUGUUAGUUCAUUUCGACUGCACAGCGAUGUGGGUUAAAACAAGUGCAUCAUUACAUCGUGCGUUCAACGUUGAUCCACUAUAUUUACAACAUGAAAAUGCAGGAGUUGCUAUUGAUUACAUGCAUUGGCAAGUACCACUGAGUCGUCGUUUUCGUGCACUCAAAUUAUGGUUUGUAAUUCGAUCAUUUGGUGUUGAAGGUCUUCAAAGACAUGUUCGACAUGGUGUGAAUAUGGGUCGUCUAUUUGAAUCCUAUGUGAAAUCAGACGAACGAUUUGAAAUACCGGCUGAUAGGCAUUUGGGAUUGGUUGUAUUUCGUUUAAAAGGCGACAAUGAAUUAACGGAGCAACUGUUGAAAGAAAUUAAUGGUGGCGGACAAAUACAUUGCGUACCAGCUAGUAUAAAAGGAAAAUACAUUAUUCGUUUUACUGUUACAUCAACUGAGACAACGGCGGAUGAUAUCGAGCGUGAUUGGCGUAUUAUUAAAGUAGCAGCAACAAAAAUAUUAGCUCCAUUGAUGAAUGUCUCACCUCAAAGUCGUCGUCGAAAGAUGCGCACGUUGCAUGAUGAUUUCCGUAUGAGUCUUGUCUUGUCCAACACUCCACAUUCUCCAUGUUUAAUCAACGGCAGUUUUGCAGCCAUAUUACCACUGGAUUCCAAUCAUGUAUUUCAAAUGACUCAUGAAUUGAGUCAAAGGGCGCUGAAACAUUCACCAUUUCCUGUGACAACGAGACGACGACCUAAGAAAAUAUUUGGAAUUGAUCAAAAACAAAUGAGUGUUGAUCGAGGAUUGAAACCCAUGCUAUCUACUCUAGUUGAUCAUGUUCAAAGUAUCCCCAUUAUCAGUCGACAAGGUAGUCUUGAUUCACGUAUCGAAGAAAUAUUAGAUAUGGAAUCGACUGGUACCCAUGGUUCAUCAUCACCGGCUGAAACACCACCAAAAGGUGGCGAACAACAGCAACAACAGACGACAACUAUUUUCAAUAAAUCACCUAAAAAUAUGAAAAUAUCGUCAACAGAUGAGCUUUCAAAUAUUUCAAAUAUACCAGCAGAAAAUCAUGAUCUUCAAAAUGGUCAUGCGAGAGAUGAUAAUGAAAUACGUAUAACAGUGCCACGUGUAAACAAAUUAAAAUGUAAAAGAAUCAUCAAUAACUAA